AUGUGCGUCCAGUGGGAUUAUAUCGCCCUAUUUAUAAUGCUUUUCCAUAUCUAUGGGAUAACCCAACUAAUAGCAAAAAUAUCAGACCCGAUGCAACUCGUCGACGAGCUCUCCAUGAUAUACACGACCUGCCUAGUCUGCUACGCCACAUUUUCAUUCUCCAAAUCGACCAAAAGCCGCAUAUUCCUAGGCCUUUCCCUUCUUGGCCUAGCCCUCUCCAUAACCUUCUACUAUCACUACAUCCAAAACCCGGUCUUCCACCAAAAUUCUUACGCCCUGCUAACUGUGAUCGUUCUCCUUCGCAGCAUUUGGGUAAUGGAAACCACAUUACGCCCGUCAAGCCGCAAUAAGGGCCAGGAAUUCCGCCCAAAACGCCAGAUAUACGAAGAUGAGCGGGAUUUGAAGAUCCUGAAUACCAUGUGGAUCAUGGUAGCGUACGGCCUAGUCUCAUUCCUGGGCGGCUUUGCGAUCUGGAAUUUGGAUACCAUGUUCUGUUCUCGGUUGCGCGGCUGGCGGAGGGAGAUUGGGCUGCCAUGGGGGAUUUUGCUGGAGGGGCAUGGCUGGUGGCAUCUCAUGACGGGCAUUGGCGCAUACGUUUAUAUUGUCUGGGGCAUCUGGCUACGCCACUGCCUCAACGGACGCCAGGAUGAAUACCGCCUCGUCUGGCCUCAUUUCUAUAGCUUUCCGGACAUCGUUCGCGUCUCCAAUUCUGACAAAACCAAUGGUUCGUCGACUAAGUUGGUGACAUCCUGUGAAUCUCGUCAAAAUGGGGUGUCGGAGAACAUACAUUAG